AUGUUCUCCAAAAUCGUAGCUUUGAGCGCCAUCUUGGCCGUCUCCGCGGCUGGUCUCCUGCCGGAGCCGCACUACUCCUCCGCCGCGGCCGUGUCCUCCCAGAGCAUCGUGCGCCACGACCAGCCCCAGACCUACGCCACCAAGCUGGUGGCCGCGCCCGUCGCCAAAGUGGCCGUAGCCGCCCCCGUGUACCACGCCGCCCCCGCCGUCGCCUACCACGCCGCCCCCGCCCACUACUCGUCCGCCGACGCCGUGUCCUCCCAGAGCAUCGUGCGUCAUGACCAGCAGCCCUCGGCCAAGCUCGUAGCCGCCGCCCCCGUGUACCACGCGCCCGCCCAGAUUAUUAUUUGGCUCGCCUACGCACACAGCACGACCUGCCCGCACCACGGUCGGACGCCGAAUGCCCCCACCGCCGACUAG